AUGGCAAAAUCAACACAUAAUCAUGAAGAAACCUCUACUGUUUCGAAUGAUAGUGAUACUCAAACAAUAACAAAUGAAGAUGAAGAAGAAAAACAUUUUCGAAAAGUAAUUAGUGCAUUUCUUUAUUACAAAACAUUAGCUCGAAACCGAGUUCGUCGUGCAUUUUAUUCAUAUAAUCGAUUAUCUGAUGCACAUAAAAAUCUUGUACCUAAAUAUGAAACUCAUCUGGCUCAAUUACUUAAAUGUAUUGAUCGAAAUGAUUUCGUCAUCCGACAAAUCCUUAAUGGUUGUGAACAUUUAUUUAAUAAUUAUUCGAUAUUUUCAAAUUCUGCAGAAACAAAUCAAAUGUCAACUGAACAAGAUUCAUUGUCACCACCAUCUGGUGUAACAUCAAUGGAUAUGGAUAAAGUAAAAACAACAAUAAAACAAUUUGUUCGUGAUUGGACUCAAGAUGGUGAACAAGAACGAUUUGUUUGUUAUAAACCAAUUAUUGAUGAAGUUAAACGACGUUUUCCACCUACGACAAAUGAAGGUGGCCUAAGUAAUCAUUAUUCACCUAUUCAAAUUCUUGUACCCGGUGCUGGUCUUGGUCGUUUAAGUUGGGAAUUUGCUCGACUUGGUUAUGCAUGCCAAGGCAAUGAAGUUAGUUUAUAUAUGUUAAUUGCAUCUCAUUUUGUAUUGAAUAAAUGUUCACAAAUAAAUGCUCAUACAAUUUAUCCAUGGAUAUUAAACUUCUGUAAUAAUAUUACAAAUGAUGAUCAAUCACGUGCUGUUCAAUUUCCUGAUGUUGAUACAUCUUCACUACCAAUGGAUUCUCGAUUUAGUAUGUCCGCUGGUGAUUUUCUUCAAAUAUACAAUGAUCCAAAUGAUUGGGAUUGUGUAACAACAUGUUUCUUUAUUGAUACAGCUCAUAAUGUUAUAGAAUAUGUUGAACGAUUAUGGAAAAUUCUUAAACCUGGUGGUGCAUGGAUUAAUUUUGGACCAUUACUUUAUCAUUUUGAAGAUAUUCCAAAUGAAAUGUCUUUUGAAAUAAGUUAUGCUGAUUUACGAACAGCUAUUCUUAGCUAUGGAUUUCAAAUAGAGACAGAAAAAUUACCUAUUCGAGCAGGAUAUAUUAAAAAUGAACGAUCAAUGCUUCAUUAUGAAUAUGAUUGUGUCUUUUUUGUGGCAGUUAAGCCUGAAUAG